AUGAGUUCUCCAAUUAUUUUUGAGGCAAAUGAAGAUGAACUAAAAAAGAAGAGAAUAAGACAAAUGCAGAAUAGACAAUCUGCAGCACAAUACAGAGAAAGGAAGAAAGAAUAUUUGGAUAAAUUGGAAUCGGUCGUUGAACAAUUGGAAAGUGAGAGGAAUCAGUUGAUUAGUAACACAGAGAAGCUGGCGGCAUCCCAAAAUGAAGUGAAUCUUAAGAUCUCAAAGUUGGAGGAGAAGCUUGAUUUAUCAAUACAGAAGAAUCGUGAGUUGAAGUCCACACUCGCACAACUUGCAAAGACAACCGGUGCACCCGUAGAAUCAGAGUUACUCCAAGAUCAAAUGUAUCUAGAUCAGCCAUCACAACAACAUCAACAACAUCAAAAGCGUUCAAGAGAUAUGCUUCCAGAGCUUUUAAAUGCUGCAUCUCAAUCAAGUGGCAGUAGCAAUAGUAAUAAUCUUAACAAUAGUAAUAAUAGUAAUAAUAGCAGCAGCAACAAUUCAAUUCAAUCACCAUCCAUUUACACUACAUCACCAUCACCUUCACCUUCACUUUCAUUUUCACCACUGAACAAACUUCCUUCAUUGUCACCAUCAUCGCAACCAAACAACAAUCCGAGUAUUCUCAGUACGAGUAUCAAUAACAACAACAACAGUUUCAACAACCAAUCAUUUACACCACCACUGGCAUCGUUUUCCUCCAUUCUCUCUAUAGCAUCGCCAUCUUCUUCGCCACUGAUAUCGUCGCUUUCUUCAUCACCCUCUAGCUGCUACCUAGGAUCUAGCAUCUCCAGCGACACCUACUCACAGUCGUCCAACACCACCAACAGCUCCUCUGGUACCUUCAAUAGGAACAACAUCAACGAUAGCUAUUCAAAUUCUCCGUCAAACUCUAGAUAUAAAUCAUAUCUAAAAUAA